GAAGUUUUAUGCUGUCUUGAUCUGGCACAGCUGACCCAAAGACCCAGUGAUUUCCUAGUCUAGUUGUUGACGUUGGAUCUCAUACUUACCUUCGGCAUUCAGAUGAGAUAUUUACAACUACAUGUAACAAAAGAUGGCAGGAUGAAUUUUUUUUUUAAAGAAACGGUGUGACUCACACAUAUUAGACUUAGACUAUGACUAUGGGAAAUUCUACAAAUGUACUACUUAUUACUACCCUAUCAGCAGUGUUCAUACUUAAUGUUUUACAUAGUUUCAAUUGAGUGAGUCUUGCACAUCAGAUGCAUACAUCAAAUAAUUUUAAAUCCGUUGGAAUUCAAAAGAUUGCUGAACCAGAUGUAUACAUCAAAUAACUUUCAGUCAAGUGGAAUUCAAAAGAUUGCUGAACCUCCGCCCUCCCCACCAGCCAUGGCAUUUGUUCCAGUAAAAUUUAGCAGACCUCAGUUGGUACCCCCACUUUUUUGUUCACGAAGGAUAUAUGUCCAUUUAGCCUUUUUAAUAGUGAUCAUCAUUAUUUUGGGGCUAAUUAGGCUUAUGUCUCAAGUAAAAGUUACAUUUGUAGAGUACCAUUUGAAAAGUGAUUCAGAUGCUGAGCUGGUUACUUUACCCAAACGGUUUGCUAGUGCAAGGGGAGCUUACUGUCUUGAUGGGUCACCUCCUGCUUUCUACCUCAGGAAUAGUCCAUCACCAUCAGUGAAGUUCUGGAUCAUCUAUCUUCCGGGUGGUUCCUGGUGUUUGACUGAGGAGGAAUGUUUGCAAAGAAGCCAUACUGAUUUGGGAUCUAGUCAUGUAGCCAGAACAUCAAUGCCUCUGGAUGGGCUUCUAUCAAACAACUGUGAGAUCAACCCAGACUUCUGCUAUUGGAAUGUUGUUGUGUUACAAUAUUGUGAUGGCUCAUCUUUUCUAGGUAACCAGUCUCUUGUUCUGGGAAAUGAAUCAAAGCCUUUAUAUUUGAGGGGAGCUAUUGUGUUUGAUACACUAAUUGAAUACUUGAUCAGCACAACACAUUUGGGAAGUGCAGAACAGAUUCUUCUUGCUGGGUCUUCAGCUGGUGGUGUUGGUGCCUUUAUCCAUGUUGAUAGACUUCGCACCAGGCUCCCCCAGACGGUGAAGACACUUCAUGUUCUGGUGGAUGCAGCCAUGUUUGUUAACACUGCAGAUAUUAACGAGGGGUUUACUUUGGCACACAUGUUUCAGAAACUCUACAGCUUCCACUCUUUGAAAGAUUCAGAAAGCAUUAGAGAAUGCACAACUGUGCAAACAUCAGACAAUGAGUGGACCUGUCUACUGCCUGGUGUUUACAAUCAAUUCGUCUUUACUCCAGCUUUUUUCAUCAAUUCAAUGUACGACACAUGGCAACGAAGAAAUAUUCUGAAAAUUGUAUGUGAUGCUGACUCCUGUCCUGAAAAAUAUCUACCAACAAUUUAUGCAACAAGAGAUGCUAUUCAUAAUCUAGCUGGAAGUAUAACAAAAUCUAAGAAAAAUGGAGCUUUUUUGACUGUGUGUCCACGUCAUACGAUCGUUAUAAGACCGUGGUUUUUCAACCUGGAGGUAGGUGGCCUCUCACUUCUGAACUCAAUUGCACUGUGGCUACAGCAUCAUGAAGCUACUACAAGUUAUGAUGUAGUAGAUCUACAGUCAGCUUUGGAGCAAUGUCAAGAUAUUCUUAAAUAAGUUUAGUGUUUUGGCUACUGUUACAGGUAAGAUCUGUUCUAUUUGCAAUACAUUAGCUAAUGGAUCUGUUCCUCAUGUGUUAGUUAAUACUGGAUCUCUUUCUAUUGAAAUAUCUUUAUUCUACAGCUGUUUACUUUAAGUGAUUACUAAAGGUUACAUUUUUAGAAUUAUAUUCAUUGAUGAUUGAUUAUGCCUAUUGCAAUAUGUGAAUUAUUAAUCAAUAGCUUUAUAUUAUAACAUCUAAAUAUAGACGAUGGUAUUCUACCAUAAUAAAAAAAUGUAGUUUCAUUGCACAAGUUUUAUAUUGAUAUUGGACCUUGAUUAAGCCUAAGCUGAGGUUCUGAGUUACAUGAGUUGAGCAGGACAUUUUUGUACCUAUGUCAAGAAAUUCUUAAAAUAAAAAGAUACAUAGCUUUAAAAUAAUGAACAAAUUAUAAAUAUUUUAAAUUUAUAGUAUUUGGUUGCAAGGUAACCAUGCAGAAAAUCUUAAAAUAAUUAGUUUUAAUAUUAGAUUUUCAUUUCUUUUUACUUCACUGGUAAACUUACCUCUCUCCACUAUACUGUGCUUCAUUGAUAUUCUAGCUGAAGGAAGUAAUUUGUGAUGCACAAACACAUACAGCUGUCCCCGCUUUAACAUCACACAUAGAGCUGUCCCCACUUUAACAUAGAGCUGUCCCCACUUUUACAUAGAGCUGUCCCCACUUUAACAUCACACAUACAGCUGUCCCCACUUUAACAUCACACAUACAGCUGUCCCCACUUUAACAUCACACAUACAGCUGUCCCCACUUUUACAUACAGCUGUCCCCACUUUAACAUCACACAUACAGCUGUCCCCACUUUAACAUACAGCUGUCCCCACUUUAACAUCACACAUACAGCUGUCCCCACUUUAACAUACAGCUGUCCCCACUUUAACAUCACACAUACAGCUGUCCCCACUUUAACAUCACACAUACAGCUGUCCCCACUUUAACAUCACACAUACAGCUGUCCCCACUUUUACAUCACACAUACAGCUGUCCCCACUUUAACAUCACACAUACAGCUGUACCCACUUUAACAUCACACAUACAGCUGUCCCCACUUUAACAUAGAGCUGCCCCACUUUAACAUACAGCUGUCCCCACUUUUACAUCACACAAACAGCUGUCCCCACUUUAACAUAUAGCUGUCCCCACUUUUACAUAGAGCUGUCCCCACUUUUACAUCACACAUACAGGUGUCCCCACUUUUACAUAGAGCUGUCCCCACUUUUACAUCACACAUACAGGUGUCCCCACUUUAACAAACAGCUGUCCCCACUUUAACAUAAAGCUGUCCCCACUUUAACAAACAGCUGUCCCCACUUUAACAUAAAGCUAUCCCCACUUUUACAUCACACAAACAGCUGUCCCCACUUUAACAUACAGCUGUCCCCACUUUAACAUAGAGCUGUCCGCACUUUAACAUACAGCUGUCCCCACUUUAACAUACAGCUGUCCCCACUUUAACAUACAGCUGUCCCCACUUUAACAUAGAGCUGUCCCCACUUUAACAUAAUUUAGAUUUUAAAAUCCUACAAUCUGAAAGGAUCUUAAUUAGUUUUCUGUUCUUUAAUUUAUAAUGUGCAUAUAUUUAUGUGGUAGUACAUGAGUGUCUGUUUCUGAAAGAGUCUGUAACUGGCACUGUGACCUUUUGGUCCUGUUUGUCUGAAUUAAAGGCAAGCAAUGAAAAGGUUAGCUUGGGCCAACAUAGCAGUGGUGUGUGUCAGAAAACUUGAUUGGCUUGCUCUCAAACAUGACAUUCUCCUUGUUGGAUGUGUUUACUCACUGACCACCUCUUGCUGCCCCCUCACAUUUUCAGUUCUCUCUUUAUGGAGAUGUUAUAGCUUUUACUAUAGUAACUAAGAUAUGGAAAAACAUUAUUUAGUUGUUUUAUAAAUUAUUUUACAAUUCUUUUAGAAUUGUAUCUGAAGAGUUGGACUUUGCCAAUUUCUCUAAAUGUAAGAGUUUGCUAAUGUAACCUAGUGCUGUAUCAGCAACAUCAUAUCAGCAGUUCACUUUGCCAACAAUAUCUGGUUACAUCACAUUCCUCACUCUAUUAACGGAAAUAAAUCAGCUUUGGCAACAGAUGGCUGUUCACCAAGCUGUGCAGACCCUCGGCAUUGAAUAAAUCAAACCUUCUCUGGGGUUAUUGACCACCUUUAAUGAUUACUAAAACAGUAUGCAAAUUAUUUAUCAAGCACAGCAUGAAGAAAUACCAUUGGAGAAAUAAAACAUGACCUCGUUAAUUUAUUCAUAGAUCUACUCAUGACAGCACUUGAUUAACAUAUAAAAAGCUGGUCUGUUGAUCAGCAUAAUGUACACAAAUUGGCCAGGCAAUUGCAUAGUGUGGUUGUUCUGUCAGUUGCUCAAGUAGUGUUAAGAAUUUUUUAUCUUUUAUAUUAAUGUCUUCCAAAUAUUUUGUGAUAUAAAAUAUAGCAUUCAAUUUGUUUAUACAUUUAAAAAAAAAAUUAAAACACAAUUUGUUUUAAUGCAAUUGCAACACCUAAAAAUAUUGAUUGUUAAAGAUUGUGAUCUAUGAAAAAAAGGUCUUGUUUUCUUAAUCAAUUUAUCAUGUCAUUUAAUUCUGGACAACAUUUAUAACAUUUACACACUAUUUAUCAUUCUUUUAAAAUGAUACAAUUACCAGUGGUUUGUGAAACCUGACUUGGGUUGCUUGUUGUUGUAUGGCCACAUACAACCUAGACUGCAUUUGAACGUAACUGUUUUUCUUCUGAUCCAGUAUUUUAUAAUAAAGUUAUUAUUAUGUGUCUUCCUUACCAUAAUCUUGUUAUUUUUACAAAUUGUUUUUUGGAGCUUGUUGAUAAUUAUUGUAUAAAACUGAUUCAGCUUGACUUUUAAUAGCCUGGUGUCAAGCAGCAAUAGAUGUUUUGCUAGACUUUUUGUAGAGCAGAGUUAAUUCUACUCGGGUUGUAAAGUGUUUACAUUGUUUAGUUGAAGUUUAGUCUAAUUGACUCCCUGAGUAAUGACUACUAAUGACUAGUGUUAAAAAAAAAGUUUUUUCAUUUUAUAAGACAUUUUUUAAAUUAUGUUUGUUGGUUUAUUUAAGCUUUAGGGUUAGUAUUAGACUAUAAAGUCAUAAAAAGACUUUUCUAAUUUUAAGUUUUAAUAAUGAAGUUAUUUUUUUCUUCACUAAUAAGUAUUGUUUAAAAAUUGUAUGUGCAAUUAAAAGCAUAAAGAUUUGUCAUUUAUUUUUAUAAGAGAAUUUUAGUGAAAUGUGCUAACGUAAGAAGGUUGCUGUUUUUUCUUCAGUUGUCUUCAUAAAACGUUAUUGUAUGUAUGUGAAAGGGGACACUUGGUUUUGGACAUUAUCACCCUGUUGAUUAUCAUCAUGCCAUUACACUUCUCUCUUGAAAACCUAGUGAAGGGGCCUGCAUUCUACAGGCAAUGUGAGAAGCCUAUGGAGUGUUAAAAAAUGGGCUUCAAAAAUAUGAAAUAAAUCAUAUUUUUUCUUUCCCUAAUUGACAGUGUUAAACAUGUUUAUUCCCUAACCUAAACCUUAACCCACAACCAUAAUGCUUUCUGUAACACUACAUUAACAGGGUACAGUUAAUGUUAGACUGUUGGUUUGUAAUUAACAGGGUGGUAAUGUCCUAAUCCCAUAUAUGAUAGGGGUAAUAUACAGGGAGAAAUUGAUCAGGUAGUGGGGGGGGGGGGGUGAUUGACAACAGUUAGUAAUAUCCUGCUCCCCACACAGCACUUUUGUAAUAAAUUUUGUUAUGCUGAAUUAAUGAAUAGUUGACUAGUCACUUCAUGUAAUUUGUGUUUUGUACUCUAUUCAUAUCUCUGUACAUGUCUGAUGGUUCCCAAACUUGGUGUUAAAGGUUUGAGAAGAGAAUCCAGUGAUGGCUUUUUAAAUAAAAUUACUUUAUUUGAUGUGAUUUUAAGUUUUUUCUUAUACACAGAAGACUGUAGGAAUUAUUGAUCUUAUAACAAUCUCCACCACAGCUGUUGGCUGUGUAAGCACAAUUUGAAUAGUGUUCUUGUAAUUUAUUACAAGCCAUGAAUGUCAAAAUAAAUGUUAAAAAGUCGGUUACUGAGACAUGGCUAGUAACAUUGUGUGUACCAAAUGUUGUUUCAAUGUUGUAUAAGAACAGGCUAUGUAUAGAUGUUUUGAGUAAUCAGCUUUUAUUUGUUGUGCAAUACUCUAUUGUUGUUUUCUUCUAGUUGAACAAAAUACAAUAUAGAUACUUAAAUUGAUAGCUAAUAUACAGACGAUUUUAAUAAAACUUACUAUAAAAAAAAGAAAUACUGUUUUAUUAUAGUUAAAAAUUAUUUUUAGAAGUGGGAAUGGAUUUGAACUAACAUUACCCAGUAAAAUUAUUUAUUUACAUGAUAACAUUAUUUAACUUUUCCCAUCCUGUAAUAAUGUUAGUCGCCUCAUCAAAAAUAUCAGAACUUUAUUAUAGGCAACAGAUUUAUUAUAUUGAAAUUUUAAAAAUGCCCCUUUUAAAAUGAGCUAUGCAAACCAUACCUUGAAUUCCAGCUUUAACAUUUCAUGUUCAAAUGAAAGAUGUUUUAAGUAAAAUUGUAAUUACUUUCAAAAUAUUCUUUAAAAACUUGAUGUUUUAACAUCUUUUGCCUUAUAAAGCCUUUCUUGACUCCCUUAUCCACCUCUUCUAAUAUGGAUAUUUUAUAUUGAUGAUGGUGUAUUGUUUAAAUACUGCUGUUGUACACCAAAGAAAUAAAAAUAA